AUGUCUAAGCGUACUUUGUCUCCUUCCACCUCCUCCCGUCAAACUCGAGCUUCUACCUUGGCAAUCCUGCCUGACGUCGACCCCGAACUCCUCAUGCGUAAAACGAAAAGAAUGAGAAUUACGUCUGAAGCCGCUUCCUCUCAACCCCCAUUGGUUGAUGCGUCUCGACGAGCUCUCGACACCAUUAAGGAGAAGUAUCAAUCCGGUCCUUCUCGCGAAGCACAAUCGCUCCUUGAUGACCAUGUCAUCGAGCAAUAUUUCGACUUCGAAGGGGGUGCUGGGCCAUCUGCCACUGGUGAGAACCUAUCUCCCGCCAAAUCCGUCGACUCCGAACACCCUACCGUCGUCGAAAAUGAAAAUUCUCCCGGUAAGCAACCCACUGGUCCUCCUUCUGAGGCUUCCGACGAACUUGUGGAGGUUCCCGAAGAACUUGGUGACAUCUUUCACGCCCCUCGCAAGGUUACCGUCAACCAGGAACUGGUUAAGUUGCUCGAGGAUCGAAAAGACUCCGAAAUCGGUGAGAAUUCCACCGAGUUCUGUUCGCUUCUGACUUCUCUGGACCGUUUCCGCGAAACCAACGCCAUCAAGCCCACUGUAAAGUGGUUUAAGAAUGCUCUCGAUCGUUUGGCCCAAGGUUGGCGCCUCCGCAACAAAAAUGGUGCUGUUGUUCGGCUAGAGGGUGAGCUCUGUACCGAUUGUCAACGUCGUCUCGAUGGUGGUGAAGACUUUCGUGUUGGUUGUAUUGGCCCUCUCGGUGGUGUGUGUGGUGAAUGCUCUGCUAAGGGUACUUCAAAAUGUUCGGUGAAGACCAACAACCCUGAGUCCAAAUUCCGGUAUUGUUGUGGGAGCAAGAACGGUCACUUCCAAGGUUACUUUUGUCCUGGAGCACGAGCUUUGUGCGGCUUCGGUCCGCUAUCGAUCCCUUCCUGCCCAUGA